AUGGUCGCCUCCGAGGACUACGUUGACCAUGUACUUUCUGCGAACUUAGAUUCAACCUUUGCCUUUGAAGGCCCCGAAAAGCUUCUUGAGGUGUGGUUCUGGCCGCUGCCCAAAGACGCUCCUGGCGAAAACGGCCUCCGCAAGGUGCCUUUGGCCAAAUGGGUCAGCGUUUUGGACUUGGUCAGUUGCAAAGUGCUUUCUGUCAAACUGUCUCGAGACGUCGACGCCUACCUUUUGCUGGAGCUGUCGCUUUUCGUGUUUCCACAUAAACUCGUGCUCAAGACGUGCGGAACCACCACCACGUUGGCCUGCCUUGAUCUUUUGUUUAAGGUUGCUCAAGCCGAGUUGUUGUGUGAGAUCAACUCCAAAGACGUCCACCAGGUCUUCUACUCCCGCCGCCUGUUUAUGUUUCCUGAAAAACAAAAACACGUCCACACCGACUGGAAAAAGGAGGUGCAAUUGCUCAACGGCUACUUUGUCCAGGGCAAGUCCUAUGUAGUGGGAGACUUCACCUCCGACGACCACUGGUACUUGUACAUGGGCGGACGCCAGGAAGGCCUGCCUGUGGGUGGCCAGGAUCAAACAUUUGAGAUUUUGAUGACCCAGUUGGAUCCACAAAGAGCCCGUGCUUUCGUCACUUCCAGAGAACCCGGUCCCGAUUCCGUGGUGACCCAUUCCAGCGACGAAGAAGAACACGAUUUGGGCCACGACCAGGGCUUGGAAACCAUGAGAGACACGGGGCUUGAAAAUGUGUUUUUGCCUGCUAGCACUGCCUAUGCUCAGGGCAACUUUGCUCCUUCAACCACCUCGCCCUUUCAUAUACCGCUGCCUCAGAUGAGUGAAAAUAUGGAGCUUUCCGACGAGGAGGACGACAAGUGGGAAUUUGCCCAUGACGCUUUUGCGUUUCUGCCCUGUGGUUAUUCGUCCAACUCGGUGUGCUCGAAAAACGGCCAUGGCUACUAUUACACCUUGCACAUCACUCCUGAGCUGGGAUGGUCUUACGCCUCGUUUGAAACAAACUAUCCCUUUCUGGCCACCUCGCCCGUGGGCAUUGUGGAUGUGUUGAUCCGGGUGUUGCGUAUUUUCCAUCCUGGCAAGUUUUCCAUGACCUUGGUGAACGAAAAAGCUCCCGAGGAAGCUGCUUGUUUCACUCAAUUGGCUUCGUGUGCCGAUGCUGUGGCCAAACUAGGCUACGCCAAACAGGAAAAGGUGACCUACGACUUGAAAGGCGCCUACGAUUUGUUGUACUUGAACUUCGAGAAGUCCAUUUCUUGA